AUGUUUAAUGAAGGUAUUAUAUCGAAUUCUCUUUCUCCAGGUUUAUUACCUUCAAUGAAUUCAAUAAAUACGUGUGAAAAUGAAACUCAAUGUUUAAAAAUAGCAUAUUUUUCUUGUCAUCAUUGCUCAAAAAGUUUAUGCCUUGAGCAUCUUAAUAUACAUAAUACGUUAAACACUAUACAAGUACAAGCAUUAUCUAAUGAAUUAGAUGGAUUUGUAGAUCUUGUUUCAAAUUUUAAUACUCAAAAAACAUCUCAAAAUGCUCAUAAUAAGCUUGAUGCUUGGAAAAAACAAAUAUCUGAUGAUAUUGAAAACAUCUAUGAAUCGAAUUUAAAUGAAAUGAAUUAUUUAGCAACAGAAUUAAAUCAACGUUUAAAUAUUAUUAAAGACUACUUAAGAUUAAAAAUUUCGAAUUUAGGAGAACAAUUAUUAACAAUACAAAGCGUUGAUGAAAUAUCUCAACAAGUACAAUUAUUACCAAUCGAAUGUGAUCUAAAUCAACUGCAUCAAUUGUUUGAAUCAGUACAAUGUGAACUAAAUAUUGAUACAAAAAACAUUUCUAUUAAUGAUUUAAUUAAGGUACAUAAUGUAUUUUCAUAUGAACGGACAUUACCGAAUAAUACUCAGCUGGAAUCUUAUCGUACUAUAUCCGUUGAAAAUAUGAAACAAUUUGUAUCAAGUAAACAGAAUAAAUCUAUUUUAUGGUUAGAUAAUCAAAGACAAUUACAUUAUAUUAAUGACAAAUUUCAAACUCGUCUAUUAAACAUACCACAAACAUUAUUAGUAUCUUCGAUUAUAUUAUCUAAUAAUCGUCAAAUAAGAAUAAAUGAUGUUGAUAUUGUAGAUAUUAAAUGGUGUUCAUUUGCUGAAGUAUUUCUCAUUCUUCUUCAACGACAUUUACUUUCCUUCAACCAUCAAACGGAUCGAUUCACACAAAUUUCUAUUACACGAUACAAAGAUUACCCUUUUCGGUGUAUAUCUUGUUUCAAUGAUACAUCACUUUAUAUUUCAUAUUGUACGUCUGGCACUUGUAUUGAAUUAUGGAAAUAUUCCUAUGGCAAUGAAAAUGAUAUUUAUUUGAAUGAGUGUAUUAAACGUUGGGAUUGUUUAACGAAUGAUAAAAAUGAAUGGAUAUCACAUAUGAAUACAAUUUCGAAUUUAUAUAUAGGUUUACUUAUUUGUAAAGGUUCAACAAUUUAUAGACGUUUUGAAUUACGUGAUAAAAAUUUAAAUUUAUUAAAAAUAAUACAGUUAGAUAAUGAUUAUGUUGAUAGAUUUUUUCCAUUUCGAAAUCAUUAUUGGUUUAUUAAAAGUUUAUCUGGAAAAUAUUAUAUUUAUUCAAUAGAAACAAAUACAUAUCAUUUAUCAUCAUUUGAUUUUCCUCUUGGAUUAGAAGAAUUUGGAAUUAAUUCAUUAGUUAUUGGUAUUGACGAAAAAAAAUUAAUAUUAUGUGAUAUUUAA